AUGGCGACAAAGACCAGCCGCGUGAAACAGGAACAGUUGCGGAAACGGCGGAACAACCUUCUCCGCCGCCAUAAUGACUUUUGGCGUCUUUACUCCAUCCGGAGCUGGCUAACUAUGGAGAUGCCGAAUGGCCGCAUCUACACUUAUCAUUCCCAUCCCGAUGUUCCCGUUCCGACAAUGGAAGAGACAAGUACUCGCUCUCGACCUGCAGUCCACAAAACCCCUGCGGACUAUGUCUCCGGCAACUCCACGAAGCUAACGAUUCCCAAGGCUCCGACUUCUUCCAUUCCGAGGCGUCAGAAGGCCGUUUGGGAUUCAUUUUCCCGAUACAUGCAAUAUAUCAGAGCAUAA